AUGAGCAAAACUGAUCGUGUCAUUCCUAACCUCGAAAGCGCUGUGGCUGGAACCACAAACGUGCACAACUGCUGCGAUUGCUCCAAGGCAGAUGGGGCUGAAACCAUGGUAGCAUGCGACCAGUGUAGUCGCUGGUGGCAUUUCGCCUGUGCUGGAGUCGACGCUGAUAUUGCAGACAAAUCCUGGAAAUGUACGGAUUGCUGCAAGACUCAAAUUCUUGAUCCGGAGCACAUGGGCUCUAAGAGAUCUGCAAAAUCGGUUAUAUCGGUUCGAUCCACCGCUUCUGUGUCCCAGUUACGGCUCCAUCAUCUUGAAGAGCAGAAAGAAAUGGAAGAUCGUUACCGGAAGGAGCAAGCAGAAAGGGAUCUUCAGUUUCUGGUUCAAAAACAUAACCUAGAAAUGGCGAUCAUGCAAGAGGGGAGGAAUCCUGGUAGCGAGAGAAGAUCCGCUAUUCUGGCUACAAAUAUGCGGGUUGAAGCUUGGGUCAACGAUGCUCGAAAUACAGAAAAGGAAGUUUCGGCGACCACGGUUAUACCACUUACCAGCUCAACGCCUUUGGCACCGCCAAACCAGCAUAGGCACAAUCACGGCCAUCAAGAACCAGGAAGAGCAGCCGCAAAUGACUUCAUGCUUCCCCCGUCAGUACCAACGGGCCCAAGGGAGCAAGUGAACGUGGAAAACGGCCCUCCUAAACCUGAUCAUUUUCGUCGUGAUCCUGCACCCUCGUAUAUUAAUCAGCCAUCGACUAGUUGUGCCAUGCAAAUGCACCAAGUGAACUUCGGACACCGUGUUUUUCCUACUGGUCCUCCUGCGGCUUCCAAAUGCCAACCAGAAAUCCAAGGCUUACCCAGGAACGAUUUCUUCCACGCUUCCUCACGGAACCAUCCACCACCAAUUUCACAACAGUUUGUGAACGGGCUACCACAAGUCAACCAGCAAGUACCUUCAAAUGGACAACCGACACAGAACAUUCCGCAAUACCCCCCGGAAUACGUCACUCAUCAACCGUUUCCAAAUUAUGGACCAGUUCUUAGUGCCCAGCAGUUCGCGGCGCGGCAAGUAGUUUCGAAAGAUCUACCGAAAUUCGCCGGCGACCCGCUUGAAUGGCCGAUGUUCGAACAUGCGUUUGAAUCGACGACAGCAAUGUGCGGGAUCCAGCCCGAUGAGAACCUUGCGAGGUUACAGAGAAGUCUCAUAGGAAAUGCUCGUGAAAAGGUACUUAGCAUUCUUACAGUACCAUCUGCGGUUCCCGAAAUAAUGGCCACUCUUCGUGCGGAAUGUGGAAGACCGGAUCAGCUGAUUAACAGCCUCAUAAGCAGAAUCCGGAAUACAAGUCCUCCCAGCAUCAAUAAGUUCGAUUCCCUAGUGACAUUUGGACGUGAGGUAAGAAACCUCAUUACUUACAUCGAAGCGGCUAACCUGCAAUCACACCUUAACAACCCGUCGCUUGUUACCGAACUUGCUGCGAAAUUGCCAUCGGAUCUUCUCCUGCAGUGGGGAAUGCAUAUUCAAUUGACCCAGCAAGCAACACUCAAAGAAUUCUGCAACUUCGUUUCCGCUAUUAGAGCGGCAGCGUGUAACGUGUCGGUUCCCUCAAAGCAAUCUGUUGAUGGGAGCAUCAAAAAGGACAAGCGCAAGGACAAAGGCACCUUUGUGAACGUGCAUCAAGAAGCUGAUCGAGUAUACGAAAAAGCUUUCACCAAGUCUAGUACCAACAAUACGGCGGCCAAGCCGUGUCUCGGAUGUAGUAGCAGGGCACACAAGAUCCGUGAUUGCCAAAAGUUUCGUAGUCUUACAGUGAUGGAACGAUUGAAGCUGGUAGAAGAAAAGGGGAUGUGUCGUCGGUGUCUGGCGCCCCAUGGCAAAUGGCCCUGUCGCACUAAACAACCCUGUGGCCUUGAAGGUUGCUCAGAAGCGCAUCACAAACUCCUACACGUGAGUCAAUUUGAACCGGCAACGGUUUCCAUCCAUCGUGACAAAAGAGGUUCUACUUUGUACAAGAUCGUACCUGUUACACUUCACGGCAACGGAAGGUCCGUUUCUGCCUACGCUUUUCUCGACGACGGUUCGAAUGUUACAUUGGUAGAAGACGAGAUAGCGGAAAAACUUGGCCUAGAAGGUGAUGAUCACGAUUUGUGUCUCCAAUGGACGAGCAGUGUUACCCGCAACGAAAGUUCCCGAAUCGUUCAAUUGUCGGUGUCGAAGGAAAACAACGGUCACCAAUAUCCUUUAUCGAACGUUCGAACCAUUUCGAAACUAGACCUUCCCCAACAGACUUUGAACUACGAGGAGCUCUGUAAAAGCUUCCCUCAUCUUCGCGGGUUACCCGUAAAAAGCUACCAAGCAGCCAAACCACAAAUUCUAAUUGGUUUGGACAAUGCCAGAUUGAAGCUGUCGUUAAACAAACGUGAAAGCAAUGGUGCAAAUCUCGUUGCCGCAAAGACUCGUUUAGGAUGGGCCAUAUAUGGUGGUCAAAGAGUAGCUGACUCGAAUUUUCAAACGAUGGUUCACGUUUGCAAAUGCACACAAGAUGAGCUGAUGCAUCAGCAGGUAGCGGACUAUUUUCUCUCUGAGUCCUCUGGAAUUUGUCCACCAUCUCCACCAGAAUGCGAAGAAGAUCAACGUGCACGUAAAAUCCUCGAAGCGACAACAAAAAGAACAGCUUCCGGACGUUUCGAAACUGGACUUCUCUGGGCAGACGACUUUGUGAAAUUUCCCAACAGUUUCUACAUGGCAGAUCGUCGUUCGUUAUGUCUAGCUCGACGCCUCGAAAAAGAUCCCUUUCUAAAGGCAAAUGUUGUACGGCAAAUUGAGGAAUAUCAGGAACGUGGAUAUGCCCAUAAGGCGACGGAACAAGAGCUACGAGAAUCCGACCCGAACCGUGUGUGGUAUUUGCCGAUAAGUGUUGUUUGCCACCCCCGAAAACCAAAUAAAGUAAGAGUGGUCUGGGAUGCGGCAGCCCGUGUUGGUACCACCUCCUUAAAUUCCAUGCUGCUUAAAGGCCCUGACUUGCUGAAGCCUCUGCUAUCGGUUCUGUUUCGCUUUAGAGAAAGACAGUUUUCGGUGGCUGGCGACAUCCGCCAAAUGUUCCACCAACUUUUGAUCCGAGCGGAAGACCGACAGGCCCAACGGUUCCUGUGGCGCAUCGAUGAAAAAUCUCCUCCGGAAGUUUUUGUCAUGAAUGUGGCUACUUUUGGGGCAACUUGCUCUCCAUGUUCCGCCCUCUACGUGAAGGACCUGAACGCCUCCGAACACCUCGCUUUUUAUCCGGAGGCAGCACAAGCUAUCGUUGACGGAACAUACGUCGAUGACUUUCUCGACAGUAAGGACACCAUCGCUGAGGCGGUAAAGCUCGCCGAAGAAGUAGCCAUCAUCAACAGCGCUGCCGGAUUUGAAAUCCCUUCUUGGAAAUCGAAUUCCGAGGAAGUUCUUCAGAAAAUCGGAACAGGACUCUCGAAAAUGGAGGAAAAAACGUUCUCCGACAGAUCAUCGGUUGCUGAGCGGAUCCUCGGCAUAGUGUGGUUGCCGGAUCAGGAUGUGUUCACCUUUACCAUACAGUUUCGGGACGAUCUCCAACAGUUAUUGCGAGCUACUACUAUCCCCACAAAGCGCCAAGUUCUGCAAGUGGUGAUGAGUUUUUUCGAUCCAAUUGGUAUUAUUGCUGCUUUCACAAUCCACGGCAAAAUCCUGAUCCAGGACAUCUGGCGGUCUGGUAUCUCAUGGGAUCAGCCGAUCAGUCACACCGAAUUCGACAACUGGAAACGUUGGGUUUCCCUGAUACCAAAUUUGGAGCAAGUAAGAAUUCCCAGGUGCUACUUCCCCGAUUACGAAAUCGGUAGUUACGAUACCCUCCAGCUCCACAUAUUCGCUGACGCCAGCGAGCUGGCUUACUCUUGUGUGGCCUUCUUCCGAAUCGUUGACAGGGGACAUCCUCGCUGCUCAUUCGUUGCUGCCAAAACAAAGGUCACACCACUACGCCCUCAAUCCAUCCCCAGGAACGAACUGAAUGGUGCGCUCAUAGGUGUUCGUUUGAUGGAAACUAUUGAGAAAAGUCAUCGGCUGAAGGUGACGAAACGGUUCCUUUGGACGGAUUCUUCCGUGGUCUUGUCCUGGCUGCGAGCAGAUCCAAGGAAAUAUCGACAGUACGUUGGAUUUCGUGUGGGCGAAAUCUUAUCCAAGACCAACAUCGAUGAGUGGAACUGGGUUCCCUCGAAAUUAAAUAUUGCGGACGAAGCCACAAAAUGGAACAACGGUCCCAAAUUUGAUCCUUCCAGUACGUGGUUCACCGGUCCCGAUUUUCUUCUGCGUAGCGAAAACGAGUGGCCAAAACGGAAACCAGACCAACAGGAAACACCCGAGGAGAUGAAAGUCGUCCAUUUAAUCCACUACGCAGCUCCGAUACGACCGCUGUUGCAAUAUUGUAAAUUUUCACGCUUCGAACAACUCACCAAGUAUUUGGGUUACCUUUACCACUUUUUCCAUCUUUGUCAAACCAAAAAUCGUAUCCCGAAUAAUCCACCAACAGUUCAACUUACCCAAAAAGAUUACGCUGCAGCUGAAACUGCUUUGUGGCGUUUGAUACAAGCAGAAAAAUUCGCAGAUGAAAUUGCCGUUUGUCGGAACAACCUUAGCUUGCCAGUAACAAAACGUAAGAAACUUUUGAAAAGUAGCCCUUUGGCGAAAAUUUGCUUAAUUUUGGACGACGAUGGUGUGCUUAGAGCAGCGACAAGAAUCGACGGUAAGGCCCUUUAUUACCCUUACAAUUUUCGAAAUCCAGUAGUUCUUCCCAAAGAUAGCCACGUAACCAAACUACUUAUAUUAAAAUUCCAUCAACGUUACGGUCAUGCUAACACCGGAACCGUACUCAACGAGAUACAACAACGCUUCUAUAUCCCAAAAUGUCGAGCAACAGUGAAGUCGAUCAUCAAAAACUGUGCAUGGUGCCGCGUGUAUAAGGCGGUUCCUUGUGCACCACGAAUGGCUUGUCUACCUCACCCGAGGGUGCGCCCAUAUGUUCGAGCAUUUACAUUCACAGGCGUGGAUUAUUUUGGCCCGGUGACAGUUAGACGGGGACGCGCAAACGUUAAACGCUGGAUCUGCUUAUUUACGUGUCUCACGGUACGAGCUAUACACCUCGAAGUGGUGCACUCCAUGUCUUCCGAUUCGUGUAUAAAGGCUAUUAGACGGUUUGUCGCAAGAAGAGGUCCGCCGAAGCACUUUUACAGCGACAAUGGAACAAAUUUUCGUGGUGCAUCAAGAGAAUUAUCCACCGAGAUCAAGAACGCGAAUUAUGAAGCUGCCCGAACUUUCACCAAUGCCGAAACCGAGUGGCAUUUCAACCCACCGUCCACUCCCCACAUGGGGGGUAUUUGGGAGCGGAAGGUCCGCUCUGUGAAAGAUGCCUUCAAGGUAAUCACACCUCAACGACAACUCGAUGACGAAGAACUUGUUACGUUUUUGGCAGAGAUCGAAAUGUUAGUAAAUUCUCAUCCACUAACGUUUGUACCACUGGAUUCCCCAAACGAAGAAGUUUUGACCCCGAAUAAUUUCCUGUUGCUCAGUUCAGAUGGCUCCAAUCCUCCAAAGGUGUCACUGGAUGAUCACGUUAACUUGAGAGCAAAUUGGAAGUCGUUGGAUCCAAUCUUAAAUCAAUUUUGGAAGAAAUGGAUCUCAGGUUAUUUGCCAACAAUUGCCAGGAGAACGAAAUGGUUCAGUGAUGUCAGACCACUGAAAGAGGGCGAUUUAGUGGUCAUCGUUGAUGAAACAGUGCGAAAUGGCUGGCUGCGUGGGCGGAUUGUGAAAACCUAUCCAGACGACGAGGGCCAGGUCCGGAAAGUGGAUAUUCGGACAGAUAUCGGUAUUCUACAACGAGGAGCGGUUAAGGUGGCCUUGCUGGAUCUAAAGGAAGAAGGUAAAGCCGGUCUGUAGGGCAUUACGGGCCGGGGUGUUGUGACCGAUCAGCAAGUCACGAGUGAGAAGCGCUCAUCAUCACCUGUCGCGUUGACAUGCCGCGAAUUGUCAUUGGAAAGGAGAAGAUAAUUAAGAAGCCUGGUAGUGAAAAGCACAUUGAAUCGCAAAAGUGCCGUAGCAAAUUCAGCAACGUGGUAUUCUUGUUAAUUCUGGAUAUUAAUAGAUUUUCAUAGUUAAGUUCUCUGUGAAUUCCUUGUAAGUUUAUAACAAAAACGAACCAUUUGAAGCAUUAUUAUUUCAUUAAUAUUAUAUUCUCGAUAGCUUAGUGCGAGGUGUUUCGGCUCAGACCCACUUUAAGAACCACUUUACUUUAUUAGUUAGUCUGAUUAACCGGAUAUAACCAGUAAGUCUACCUCUUGAUCUUUCCAUUAAAAUACCCUAAUAUUAAUAUUCCUCCAGCUAGCCGUAUUGUUAGACGGACCGGAUAAAGUUUCGCUCAGAUUAGCUGGUCGAACAAGAAAAGGGACUAAUUUUUGAGUUCAGUCGAGGACGAACUGCAAAAACCCCA